AUGACUGGAGCAAAUCUUCUGCCAGCUCUUCCUAACGUACUACUCCGAUGGCGUCAACACCAGUAUGUCUUCGUUGCUGAUAUAGAGAAAAUGUAUUGGCAGAUACUCGUGCAUUCGGAUGACUGCAGAUUCCAAACGAUCCUGUGGCGUCAUUCAACUGAUGAUGAAGUGCGAGAGUACCAGCUGAGAACGGUCACCUACGGUCUGGCGUGUGCUCCGUUUCUCGCCAUACGGACACUCCGUCAGCUCGCAACGGACGAAGAAGAGCAGUUUCCUCGUGGCGCCGUAGCUCUGCGUCGAGAUUGUUAUGUCGACGAUGUGGUCACCGGCUCAAAUACGCUGAACGAUGCGAUCGCACUCUAG